UUGGGUGCAAAUAUUUCAUUUCCAGGGUUAUUCUUAUCUCAUAAGAUGAAAAAUACAUUAAACUUCCUGUUUUUGUCUAUAAUCAAUAUGGUUUGUGUGGGAAGCCGCAAAGUAAAAAGCACCUUUGUCAUAUCCACUUGUGCUUAAUGAUGCCGCACCUAUAGCCGCUCGCACACACACACACACACACACACACGUUUCUGAUGCUGAUUCAGAAUGAGAAGAGGAACUGACAGCAUUUUGUAGUUUCCUGCAAAGUGUGCAGAAAGUCUGGGUCAGGUUCACACACACACACACUGCAUCCGUACACCCCCGCGCACGCGCCUCUCGAUUACAUCUUUGUCAACUGACAGUCAUGACGAAUGCCAGUGGAAAAGAAAAACUAUAUUACUCAUUGUAAAAAUUGACUUUCCAAUCUCCACAGAGAAGCGGUUUUCCUGCGUCCUCAAGGAUUCGUAUAUAAAGGUGAUUGUGUACCUGUAGACAGUAUGAAGGACAUCAAUCCAACUAGCUUUAGAGAAGAAGCGCUGCAGCUUAAACAUGAAGGCGUCCGUGUGUGUUCUGUUCGCAGUGGCGUGUUGGUUCGUUUCGCAGGCUGACGAGUCGCCGAUGAUACUCACGCUCGGCAAAGUUAUGAAUGAACUCGAGAAGAUUAAGAAAGGAAUGGGCAAAAGCACAACUUUGAUCAACUCACCCACCACCAAUGAUUUGAAGGACUGCUGCAUUGCACCUGCACUGGACUCUUUCAGGCAUAACAUGACCCGGCUGCCGGUCACCAAUGCCAAACUCAUAAAGCUCCGGGGGAAAAUCUCCAGGGAGCUCAGCAAAAAAAUCAUCUUGAAUGGGUUGCCCAGUUGCAAACCGGAAGAGACACAGAAAGCUCAGUGCGAAUCAUCGUACAGCGAGGUUGACAGCCAAACGUUUAUGCAGAACUUUCGAACUCUUCUACAAAAGAUCUAUGCCAGUCAAGCGUAGAGACGAGAAGCGUGAAGAGCCUCCAUGACACUACCCACGGCAGAGAGGAGUCUGCUCCUGCUAUCCUAUUUAUUGAUUAUUUAUUGAGCGUUGUAUUGUUUAUUUGAGCUGGGAGAUCUGUG